AUGGACCCCAUCUUAAACACUGAUCGUACCGACAACGUGCUGUACUACGAUGCAACCCUCAAGGAAAUCGUGUACGGUGCACCACUCAACGAGGCGACCGAUGGAACCUCGUGUAGUUCGUGCACACCGCUGGACGUCCUCAACAACCAGUGCGGCCACGGAGUUGAGAUUGUGCCGUCGGCCAAGGUCGCAUGCAUCGGCGGCAACUACGGAAACAGCGGAUCGUCGUCAUCGGAUCUUUCAGCCUCGUAUCUUUCUUCGGGCGCAGAGGUCGCCAAGGCCAACACAGUGCUCGGUGCAAUUGCGUUGGUGCAUGUGAUGGCCGCCAUGGCCAUGUUCUAG